AUGAGUGUCAAACACCAUCAAAAUGGAGCAAAAGAGCAAAGGAAACCACCCCAUACCACUGUGCAGAGGCUCCUGAGCUGGGGGCUGCCAGUCUCCUGUAACCAGUUCUUAUGGCGCCAGCCAGGCGAGUUUGCAGUCACUGCUUUCCUGUUGGGAGCAGGCACUGGUGGGAUCCUGGCCGUAGGUCUCUUUCAGCUCCUGGUGAAUCCCAUGAACAUAUACGAAGAGCAGAAGAUGGUGGCGGUGUACGGCUUGGUGGGCUUGGGAGCCAUAGGCUGGGGGACCUCCCCUCACAUCCGCUGUGCUAGCCUCCUGCUAGUACCCAAGAUGCUGGGCAAAGAGGGCAGGCUGUUUGUCCUAGGAUAUGCCUUGGCAGCUAUCUAUGCAGGGCCAGUGGCCAAUCUACAGCACAACCUCAAUGAAGUGAUAGCAUCUCUGGGCUGCACCGUGGAGCAUCAGAUCAACAACACCCGAGCAGCCUGGCGCAUAUCCACAGCUCCGUUGCGGGCAGUAUUCAAGGAUUUACUGAGCAGCAAAGCAUCGUUGAAAGCGGAAACUAAGAACAUCUCCACCUCCUUUGAGGACCUGGAUGCCCAGGUGAAUAGUGAGACUGGCUUUGUUCCUGAGGAUGCCAAGAACUCCGAAGAAACAGCCCAAGGUUCCCGGACCCGUGGAGCUCCAAACCCCAGACUCCACCUUUCAACCCAGAAGAUGUAUGAGCUCAAGACCAAGCUGCGCUGCUCCUAUGUGGUGAACCAGGCCAUACUCAGUUGCCGUCGCUGGUUUGACCAAAAGCAUGAACAGUGCAUGCAGCGAAUCUCAGUCCCACUCUUCAACCACCUGCUCUGCCUGCCAAUGAAGUUCAAGUUCUUCUGUGACAUUGCCAAGGUGAUGGAGGUUUGGUGUCGCAAUCGCAUCCCAGUGGAAGGCAACUUUGGGCAGACCUAUGACUCCCUCAACCAGUCUAUUCAUGGCCUGGAUGAGGAAUUUUCAGCCAAAAUUGACAUCAAGGAGGAGAAGCAGGCUGGGGUGCUGGGCGUCAACGUGAGCUGGCAGCACGUGAGCACCGAGGUGCGGGACUAUGUGCAACGGCAGGAAGCCCGGCUGGAGUGGGCCCUGGGGCUGCUGCAUGUGCUGAUGUCCUGCGCCUUCCUGCUGGUCCUCUACUCGUCCUUCUCCUACAUGGAUAGCUACAAUGGGGACAUUCGCUUUGACAACAUCUACAUCAGCACCUACUUCUGUCAGAUCGAUGAGCGCAGGAGGAAGUUGGGUAAACAGACUCUGCUGCCUCUCCACAAGGCUGAGGAGAAAACUGUCAUCUUCCCUUGCAAGCCCACCAUCCAAGCGCAAGAAAUGAAAAACUUGGUGAGGGAGCUCCUAGGGACACUGCCCAUUCUGCUGCUGCUGCUGCUGCUGUGUGCGCUGGACUGGGCGCUCUACUCGGUCUUCGACACCAUCCGCCAGCACUCCUUCCAGCAGUACUCCUUCCGCAGCAGUCAUAAACUGGAGGUGAAGGUAGGGGGAGACUCCAUGCUUGCCCGGCUUCUUCGGAAAACCAUUGGGGCCCUGAACACCUCCUCCGACACAGCGGUGGAAUCAAACAACAUGCCUUGCCUGCCCCAGCCUGUGUGCCUGGAUGCCAGGGCCUACUGGAGGGCUUCGCUACCCAUUGGCCUGCUGGUGUGUCUCUGCCUAGCCCAGGCUAUGGGCUACCGGCUCCGGAGGGUCAUCGCAGCCUUCUACUUCCCCAAGCGAGAGAAGAAGCGAGUCCUGUUCCUCUACAACGAUCUAUUGAGGAAGAGAGCAGCCUUCACCAAACUGAGGAGGGCUGUCAUCAUAAAGCGAGCACAACAGCAGAGGGGUCCACGCCACCACCUGGUGGACACCCUCCACCGCCUCUGCCCGCUCCUACGCCGCUGGCUGCGCCGGCGAUGCGUAGUGUGCCAAGCACCAGAGACACCCGAGUCAUAUGUGUGCCCAACGCCAGAAUGCGAAGCCGUGUACUGCCGGUCGUGCUGGAACGACAUGAAGAAGCGGUGCCCAGUCUGCACACCGCACGAAGAGCUCUCCUCCUCUGCUUACAGUGACAGCAACGAUGACACUAUGUACGCGGAGUGA